GCCGUUCGUUGUGGUCCCUGCGAUUUACUGUGACGUUUGACUUGAGGACGUUGUCAUACUUCAAUUCCUCAAUCUGCGAUUGCCAUGUCACGCGAAAAAUAACAGAGCCCACAUCAGUGUUGAACUUGCAAGUACAACGCACAAUCGUUCCCCGUAUCUCCUUCUACUCUUCUGUAAGAAUCUAACUUGUAUCUCCGCCCGUUAUCACAUUCAAUCUUGAAAGAUAUUACCACCGUCUGCAUGCCGACAGACGUCCACGGCCAACACCACGCCGGCAGUCUCGGCCUCUUCGACGAUGACGCCGAAAACGACAAUGCCAUAGCCCGCGCAGAGCGUCACGAGCACGAUCACCUUGAAAGCGUCAUACGGCGACACAAGCGUCGCGAGAAGCGCCAGUUUCGCAAAGACCAAAAAGCCGCUGAGCGAGCCGCGCAAGGAAAGUCAAAGCUGCCGUGGCCGAUAAGCUGGGUCGGCAAGCUGUUUGGCGGUGGGAAGGAUCUGAGUCCUGAUGCGGGUCGGGUGCCGGAAAGUGCAAGGUCCGAGUAUGUGAUCGUGAGAAGACCGGAGACACCAGAGCCAGUGUAUACAGGAGAAGAUGUUGAUCCUGUAGAUUCGCCUUGGUUGCGCGAGUGCGGCAUGGUGAGAGUCAAAUCUGAUGAUCCGGGUGGCUGUCACAUUGUACCGAAGAGUGUUAUCCAGAAGAACCAGUAA